CGGCUAAAGAUCGAGAACGUGUCAAAAAGUGGGACCCUUGACCCAAGAAUAAGACUCGUGUCAUUCUCCUGGCUCCUCAUUGCCUAGGUGUCUCAUUGAAUCCCCUCCUCUUUUGCCGCAUCAUCCACCACCUGUCACUCAAUCCAGAAGCUGGUUCCUCACGCCUAUGUUUAUAUAUUGCGGGAUCUGUAUUCUAGCAUCACCAUUGUAUCGCUCGACUCGUAAAGCAACUACUUUUUUGGUGAAUGUGGUGUGCUUUCUUUGACUUAACACGCAGGAAAACAUGUCUUCCAAUCAACAAUUGAGGGAGGAGCUCGAUGCCAGGGCAAGGAGAGGAGAGACAGUAAUCCCUGGAGGCACUGGGGGUAGAAGCCUUGAAGCCCAAGAACACCUGGCUGAAGUAUUAUCUUUAUUAUUUGCAGGGAGGAGCCGUGGAGGACAGACAAGGAAGGAACAGCUAGGGACAGAGGGGUACCAAGAAAUGGGACGCAAGGGUGGGCUUAGCACCACGGAUGAGUCUGGUGGAGAACGCGCAGAGAGGGAGGGUAUCCCCAUCGACGAGUCAAAGUUCAAGACCAAGAGCUAAAUUCAUAUGUGGUGGCGUCCCUGUCAAUAAAGAUGUUUUGACUGUCGUACUGUGCACAGCAUUUAAGGGAUGUGUGCGUUUCGUCUAGGACUAGUAGGGCAUUGUAGUGUGGUGGCUGUUGCAGCAGCAGGUUUGGUUGUCUGUGGUACUUUUCGUGGAGUCUCUGUGGCAGACACUUCUGCUCUGGUAAUCUAUCAAGAGGUUUGUAAAUUCCUUUUUGGACAAAAUAACGAAGAAACUUUUCCUGUACGUUCGUGAGAUGAUACGCCUUUGAAUUUCAGAGAUCAUAGAAGGUAGUGAUUAACCAGAUAAUGAUGAGGUGAGCGACGAUACGCCUCUGAAUUACAGAGCGCUAUCACAGAAGGUCGUAUGUAACUCAAUGUCGAGGUGAUAUUCGGUAACAGAAAAAAUCCAUGUCAGCCAGAACAUUUUAAUUCUAUGCCUUAUUUGAUGAAUUUGGUCGUGGAAGAACGAGGUAUAUUCGGGAAAGAGGUGUCAACACUGUUGACUGCCGUGUCAAUAAUCGUGUUGACGUUGAGAUAGAUACAUGUCUUUAGCCUCACCUAAAAACAGGCAAGAUGUCUCAGAUUAUGACAAUUAUCGAUUUGGUUCCUUGUUAUGUUCAGAUCUUUCGUGUUAUCAUGGGGACUGGUACAUGUCUUAACUGUCACUUAAAA